AUUCAGAACGCAGUGUUUGUAAAGGCGUAGUUCUGUUGUUUUUUAUAUUUUCCGCUUAAAAAGGACACAAAAUGUUGAAACCCAAAGCGUUAACGCAGGUCCUCAGCCAGGCGAACACCGGCGGAGUGGAGAACACACUCUUGCUCAGCCAGGAAGGAGCUCUGUUGGCCUACUCCGGUUAUGGCGAUAAGGAUGCCAGGAUUACGGCGGCCAUAGCCAGUAAUAUAUGGGCAGCGUACGAGAAGCACGGACGCAACGCCUUCCGCGAAGAUCGCCUCACUUUUGUCCUCAUCGAUUGCGAAAACGGGCAUGUGGCCAUCACGCAGGUAGCCAGUGUCCUUCUGUGCCUGUACGCCAAGCAGACUGUGGGACUGGGUCUUCUGAAGCAAAAGGCCAUGUCACUGGCCUCCUACUUGGAGCGACCGCUCAAGCAGAUCUCGGCCUCGUAAGGAUAAAACGUGGAUGUACCAAGUUCCGAACUGAAUAAGUUUAUAAGUGUAUGCAUUAACAUUGAAUGAAAUAUGUGAAUAGUCUUUGGAAAAAGGACAGCUUAAAUAUUAAUAUAUUAAUACUUGAAUUGA